UUCAAUCAUGGCUGAAGAUUCCUAUAAAAGUCAUGUCGCCUACUCAAUGCAUUCGUUGGUACAAGUGGCAAUGGACUACAUUCCUCUAGAGAUUCGUCGGAAACACAAUUUAACACAGCUCAAAUCAAUGAUUGAUCCACAAAACCUAGACGAUAAUACUGCUCUGGAAGCUAUUAUGAAUUCCGAUCGUCGACUGAGAUGGUACAAGACAGUUGAACAGUUUCGAAAAUCGCUGAUAUAUUAUUCGAUCUUCACUUCCUGCCACAAAAAGUGUGCUAUUCCGUUUUUCGAUAUAUUUACCACAACUCCUCCAUUGAUGAAGAGUCUGAAAGGUGAAGCUUUUCUAUACAAACAUGACAUUUUCUCGUACUUGCGAAGCUAUCUUUCCGCCAUGUGGCCGCGGGAUGAUCAUUUCUUAUUCAAAUUGCUUUAAUCUAUAUCAGAAUUCGAGAAGACAAAUUAAGAAAUUGCUAUGAAUUUGUAAAGUACUAUGAUCCGAUUUUGAAAAAAAUGAAGAAAGAUAUCCAGCUUGCAAUAAAUGUAGCCGCUAAAUGCGUGCAUCGUGAAAAGUUCAAAGUGCUGAACGAAUCGACACCUGUGCUCAACUUGAACGUUCUAAUAAGUAUGUGGAAAAUAGAAUUAUCUGAUUGGACGGACGAUGAAUUCAAACACAUUGUUGAUUUUUUCACGAACCAAAAUAUUUUGCAACCCCUGGAAACUAGACGAGUCAGAUACUUGGAGAUGCUUUUGUUCAAUAGAAGUUUCAUGAUUUUUUUCCCAAACAUUAUCGACAAUCACCCGGAGCUUUUCAUGCCUUGUAAGGCCAGACCGAAUCCCCCUGACGUGCCAAUUGCUGUAAGAGUUUUUACAUUCGAAGAUCGUAAAAUGGUGAUGAGAAGUGAAUUAUUCAAAGCAAUCAAUAUGAAAUAUCCAAAUCGAAAGCCAAUUGAGUAUAAUGAUGUAAAUGGUUUCUUGUAUGCAAUGGAACUUAAAGAUGUUUUCAAGAAUUUUGGCGAUUUAUGGCACGAUAUUGAUUUCCUGAACACUCCAAUAAACCGAACAAAUCAAAAAGCAGUUCCAAUUAUUACUUCUACUGGUGAUUUCUGCAUUCCUGGAUUCCGAGCAUUUUCAGAAAUAUUCUAUCUAAUGUCUUUAAUUAUGAGAGUUUUUCAAAAAGUUAAAAUAAACUCAAUGCAUGUAUUGGAUGACUACAUCAAGAUUCUCGUAUCACAGUUGGAACCGUUCUUGAAAAGCCAGUGUUUUAUCACAACCGAUGCAUUUCAAAAAAUUGAACAGGAAAUGUGCAACUAUUGGAAGAAAUUCGAAAAUAUUCCAGUAAAAGAUAUCAGAGAUGUCAAGCGAUUCACACUCAACGAUUUGAAGAAAGAACUGAAAUAUUUGGGAAUAACAGAAGCAUUUCCAGAUGUUUUGGUUUACGCGGAUUUAGCAUUCCCCAAACUUUUGGAAAGCGUCUCUCAAAAUAAACUUGAAACUAUUGAUAUGUUUGAAGCUGUGGCAGAAUGUACAUAUUGCUGCCUCUUGGACAAAUAUCUCGAAUUGGUACAAGUUUGGUUUCCUCAAUUUGGAUCACACAAAAUGUUUUGUUCGAUUUUACCUCCAGACCCAGUUGAUAUUUUCCUAGGAGUAUCAUCAAGCCACAAAGACUUGCGACGCUAUAUCAAAGGAGAAGACAAGGAAAAUAUGAAAGUUAAAGAUACUUCAAAUCCGCAAGUGAUGAAAAAUCAAAGAGAAAACCCAAAAAGCAUCUCGAAGCCGGAAGGAAACAAUUCCGACACUCCAACAGAAUCAGGAAAUAGUUCAUCUUCAAAAGUGGAAAGCAGUAUGGCAAACUGUACGGACUGUAGUGGUGUCAGAAAGGAAAUGAAAACAGUGCAGAAUGUACUCAAAGAUGUUCAGACCCAAUUAACAACUAUGAAGCACAAGUCUGAAAAGUUUGAAAAGAACAUGACUGGAUCUGUUGAAAGAUCGAAGAAAGCUGAACAAAGGUUGCAGGAGGAAAAGUUGGACCACGUGAAGAUUCAGGUUGAGGCAAAGAAGAAGCUCGAGUUGAAAUUGGAAGAAGUUGAAACGUGGAAAAAACAAGUGUCUGCGUUGUGGAACUGUAAAUCUGACCAUGAGGCAUUAAACACUAAGCUUUCAAAGUGCGUUGAAAAGGGGAAAAAGCUGAAGGAGAUUAAUGAGAAAGUGUCGAAUUCACGUGACCAAUUGUCUACAAAAGUAUUUGAGCUUAAACUUCAACUGAAUCGCGAACUUGAGACUGCGGAAACACUCAAAAAUGAGAGAAAGGAUUCCGCCAAAUUGAGAAACGAAGUCAACCAAUUGAAGGAUCAACUUGAAAGAGAACGGGAGAUAGCCUAUGGACUGCAGGAAGAAGCUUCUAAACUGAGAGUUGGAACAGGCAAGGAUGUGAAGAGACAGAUCUUAGAGUCGGAAAAUGCCCAACUUCGUCAAGAAAAACAGAGACGUGAAAUGGAGAAGUCAAGUCUCCUUGAAACAAAGAUGAUACUAUCUCGUCAAAAUGAAGAACAACAUAAAUUAAUUCAAAGUCUUAUGGAUCAAAAUCAUACAGAAGAAGGGCCAUCGAAUCAUGAAGAUGAGAAUGGAAGUUAUAGAAAAGUACUUUGGAAACAUCAGAAGAUCAAGGAUUUGUAUAGAAAAGGAGAACAGCAGAGAGAAGCUGAAGAGAUGGUCAAUAAAUUGAUUUCGUUGAAUCAGCAUCCAGAAGUACAACAUAUAUCAUUUCUGGAGCUCGAAAGUUUUAAGAAGCAGAUCAGUGACUAUCUACACACUGUCGAGAAGAACAUUCAAAAGAUCAAAAGGAAUGAUGACUUUACGAAUCUUGAACCACUUCCAGAACCACCGAAGAUGUCAGACAAGUUUAUGAGAUUGUACUGGAAUGAAAUGAAUAAGCAGCCUUCCACUUCUGAUUUACCUUCAGCUGAACUGGAUGAUACUGACCAGUUAUAGUAGAUAAAAAUUCCAUCUAAAUUGUGUAGACGAAUCACUCAAAGCCCGGCAUGCUUAGAACUUCUCCUGUGCUCCCAGGAUCUAUUAAUCAACGCAGCUCUUUUAUUUUAUAUUUGUUUAGCAUGUAUUGCUUAAUUUAUUUCGUGGAAUUAACGUUAUUUGAACAAUGCUCAUUUGUUUCGCUAUGGGUGUCAUUCCCAUUUGAAUAACUAUCUAGAUUUGUUUUAUUUCUUGAACUUUUCAAAUUUCCUUUUUUUUUUGGCUACUCUACUUCCUCACCGGGGAAGAA